AUGGGGGCGACGACGCCUCCCCGUCGUCGCCGCCACAGCCCCGAAACACCCGCCUCCCAGAAGAAACGCCUCGAUGGCCUCUGGCAGGGCGGCCACUGGUGGUGUAACUGCGAGCCGCGUAAAAAGGCGGCCCUCCGCGAGGUCAAAAAGGACACUCCCAACAAGGGCAAGUUCUUCUGGGCGUGCCCGGGCUAUCCGUAUUGCAGCUUUUUUCUCUGGCGAGACGAGGCCCUCGUCCGGCAAGCAGGGCUUUUGUCCGCCGCUGGUGAUGCUGCCGCCGAGGAGCUCCCGCCGGGGCCCAAGACGCCAACGUUUACGCAGCGGCCUCUGACGUCGUUUGGCGUUCAGGUCAGCCCAGGCCGGUCCGGCGUCCACGUCACAGACCUCUCGACGGACAACGGCGCGGGACCAAGCAGCAGCGGCAGCGGGAGCAAGACGACGACGACAACUUCAGCAUCCACCUCGGCCUCGGCUUCAGCCACGACAGCAAACGAAGUCGUCGCGACGCCCUGUCCGAAUUCUUCCAAGCGGAGUCGCGACGCCUUUGAGCAGGGAGACGACGACUUUAGCGACUUCGGCUCCGAUGAGGAGCGCCAGCUGGCCGACAUUGCCGAUAGCAGCACCGAAAGGUCUGCCCGCAAGGUCGACGUCUUGGCCACCCCAAAGUCCGGUGGACUCGCCGGGGCUCCGGAUCUACCCUCGCCGUCCGUCGCCCGCACCCUCUUCCCCGGCCCGGAACCCAAGCGGCAAAAGACGGUCACGUUCGACGACGACGCCCAGCCCACAGGCUUGCCCACGCCCGUCAAAUCCCCCGCCACGAGCCGCCCCGGCAACCCGGGGAUCCCGUCAAGCAGCCCGCCCGACGCCGAUCUUGACACUGUCGUCGACGACGUCGUGGCGCUCCUCAGGGACCAGCCCAUCGACGGCGCGGUGCUCGACGCCGUCAGGGAGCUGCUGGCCGCCUCGGUCCGCAAGACGAGGGGCAUCGCCAUGGGUAGGGAGUCGGCUCGCGCAGCUCUGAAGCAAAAGGACGAUCAGAUUGCUCGGCUGCAGGCGCGCGUGACCGCCCUGGAAAAUAGGGAAAGGUCCCAGGAGAGCCAGCUGACCAGUAUCAAAGCUGGGCUCAUGAAGAUGUAUCAGGACAAUUGA